AUGUUUGCUGCUCGGAAUUCCGAUAAAAUACCGGACUGGUUAAGAAAAGAUAUUUGGGAUAAACUUCUUGAGAAAUUGAAUACUGCAGAAUGGAAGGCAAAGAGUGAACAAGCAAAGACAAACUGUGCCUCUAGUAAAGGUGGCUCGUUGUACACAGGAGGUUCGAUUACUUUUACGGCCCAUAAACUAAGAUUGGAAAAGGAAAGAGGGCGAGAUAUGAGUCACGAUGAGGUCUUCGAGGAGUUGCAUAAGAAAAAGAAAAAGGAUGGUACAAGAGAACACUGGGUGGAGACGCAUUAUCAUAAAAGGUUGGAAGAAUGCCAACAAACUCAGCCUCCUUCAACUCAACCAACACCUGAUGAUAUGGCUUCAUUGUGGACAGAGGCAGCGGGUGGAGUAAACAAAUGA